GUGUUCUUGGUCAAUCUGAAACCGGCUUUCGGAGUAAGCAGAACGGCAUCCCAAAAUGCUGCUGCCAUCAAUAGUUUUGCUAACGAUCAUUUGGAAUGGAUUAAGUCUAGCAGAAUCUUCCGUUGAGCAAGAUGAUCUCCGCGUCUGCAUAGAAGAUGGCUGUCUGCUGGGGAAAUCAUUCGAAGGAUUGGGAUCCCGAUACAAGGGGUUUCUCGAUGUCCGGUACGCAAAACCUCCCGUAGGUGAUCUUCGUUUUCGAAAUCCUCAACCGGUAGAACCAUGGGAAGGAGACUAUGAUGCAACAUCCGCGAAAUUCAACUGUGUCCAGAAGAACGAUCUUUGGCCGGAGCAGCAGGUUGAGGGAAAUGAAGAUUGCCUGUACUUGAAUGUGUUUGUUCCGGAGACUCCUAAACGAAAGUCAUUGGCUGUGAUGAUGUACAUCCAUGGAGGAGGAUAUUUUGCCGGUUCGUCGUCGAUGGGUGAAUUUGGACCGGAUCGGUUCAUGGAUACAGGAGAAGUGAUUUUGGUAGUCAUUCAGUACCGAUUGGGAGUGUUUGGAUUUUUAUCCACUGGAGACGGUGCAGCUACCGGAAAUUUUGGAUUGAAGGAUCAGACGGCUGCUUUGAGAUGGAUCCAGAGGAAUAUCGCCAAGUUCGGUGGAGAUCCUGAAAAGGUAACGAUAUUCGGUCAAAGUGCUGGAGGAGCUUCCGUCCAAAUGCAUAUGCUGAGUCCGUUGAGUCGAGGCUUGUUUUCGAAAGCCAUCAUAAUGAGUGGUAGCACAUUGGGCUUUUGGACUUGGCCUUUGGAGGACCCAUUGAACUUCGCACGUCAACAAGCAUCAGUCGUUGGUAUUGAAUCAGCUAAAAGAAUGUCAUCAGAAGAACUGGUUAAUGCCUUGAGGCGUGUUGAUGCAAUGGAACUCGGUAAGAGCAUCGAUCAGUUGAAGUUUUGGCACACCUAUCCUUUGACUCCAUACCACACGGUGGUGGAAAAGUUUGUGGAUAACGAAACGUUCAUCGCCGAAGAUCCCCAGACUUUGUGGCGCGAGGGAAAAUAUGCUCAAGUUCCUUGGAUGGCCGGCUGGGUUCCGAAUGAGGGAGCUUUUGCUUCGGCAGCUCUUCUCCUGAAUCAAAAACUUCUGGGGCAGUUAAAGGAAAAAUCGUCGUCAUUAAUCCCAAAGAUUUUGGGCUUCGAACCGAGUGAAAAAACUUCCCAAAUGAUUCGAGAUCGAUUUUUCCCAGGGGGCACUGAAGAUCACUGGAUAACUGAUAGCAAUGUCGAGGGUAUUGAAGAUCUCUACAGCGAAACCUUUAUAAAAUAUCCACUCAUGUACAGCGUCAAACAGCACAUCGACUCGAAUAUCACCGACAAAUCCUCGCUACAAAUGUACUACUUUGCGUUCAAGGGAAAUCACUCUUACUCGCGAUACUUUGCUAAAUCCAAUCGGGACUUUGGAGUUUCUCACUCCGAUGAUUUGAGCUAUCUGUUCCGGGGAGGAGAUAUGUUCGACGAUUUCCAGGAAAGCUCUCCGGAAGCUGCGAUGGCCGCCCGACUGGUUGAUUUUUACGUUCGAUUUGCGAAUGAGGGGGUCGAUGAAGAGCACAAAUGUGUGGCGCAAAAUUGUAAGAUGCUGAAAUUUAGUAAAGCAUCCGGCGAUAAACAGAAUCCUGUUGACGAAACGUUGAUUCCUGCCAUUGACGAGAAAAUGCUUGAAUUUUGGAAUGAAAUAUACAAUCAAGAAUAAAUUCUGUCUUUCAUCAUAUUGGAUUCUUUUUUUUAAUAAAAAGCGAUACACAGA